AAAGUCAAAUUGGUGAAAUCGUAUCACGCGCUUACCUGCUACCAAAACCAAAGCCCAACGUCAAUCCUGAUCUUGAGAAGGUCGAGCGCGAGACAGAAGCUCCCUUGGGUUUUGAAUUGUUUGUGAUUGUUUUUUGGAUUAAUCCGACGAUUACUAAAACCUGAUCAAGAAAUGUUCAAGUCCUUCUGGGGCUCUCAAGAGGAACAGGCUCAGCCACAUCCCCAGGAAAUUCCUACAGAAUCGUGGUAUCCUCCAUCUGUUAUUAGCUCGCCAAGCUUGUCUCGCCCCUCAAUGUCUGGUAGCAGUGCAUCUAGCGGCUUUAGUCUGCAAAGUCGUGCAGAUAGGCCACAUGCUUUAUCUCAAGUUUCACCUGCAGAAGCUGCGGGCAUUAUUGCUCUGUUGAAAGACAAGAGUGUUGAUGAGUUACGGAAGCUUUUGUCCGACAAGGAUGCAUAUCGUAAUCUUUUUCUUUCUCUUGACCUUGUGAAAACUCAGAACAAGCUGAGAGAUGAACUUCGGAAUGGAACUCUUCAGUUAACGAGGGAAAAUUUGGAAAAGGAACCACAGAUGAUGGAACUAAGGAAUCAGAAUUAUUAGGACUACAGAAU